CAAUCAACGCGCGGCUGUUCUCUGCACUGGGCAAGAUGGCGGUGUUUUGAGCGGCGUAAGAGAUGACGGGAGGGUCGCUGUAGGGAUUUCAUAUGGCGAGUAAGCGGCGGAAGGCGGCGGCGGCGGCGGCGGCAGCAAUACCAAUACCUGGAGCGGAGGAGACGCUUUCCCUCAAGAGCCCAGAGAGACGGAGCAGCAGGCGGAAAGCUGGCGUCGAUGCCCAAGAUGCGGGAAGUCCGGGCGGCCAAAGCAAAGUGGAAGGGGAGGUGUCUGCAGAGCCUCCCAUCUCCCCCGGGAUCCCCCGAGAAACAUGUUCGUAUAAGACUCCAAAGAGAACACCAAGGAGCAGAUCACGUGUACCUACAUUCAGUUCUCCUGCUAACGAAACUGAUGUACAGCAAGAGAUCUUCUGGGAUCCUUACUCACCAAUUGCACGUAAACAAGACAAAGGGCGAAAGAAACAGACAACUAAUGGGUGCACAGUUGAAAUUUCAGAAAUUGUUAAUCGAAUUGCUCCUCAGGAUGAGAGACCUGCUGGUCAUGAAGGCUCUCUUCUAGGAUUGUGGAUUGGCGAUGAUGCCAUUCCAUGUACUCCUGGAAUACCAAAAGUACGACAUAGAAUAAAAGUAAAUGGCAUAAGAGGUCUUCAGUUGAAAACUGGAGAAGAAGAGCUCAUGAAGUUGGCAAAGCAAUUUGAUAAAAACCUGACUGAUGCAAUCCAGGAUCAAGAUGUUUCAUGCCCUCGGAGUACCCACGUUGCAUUGCAGACAAAAAAGUCAGUUGAACAUCAACAGGAUGGACAGGUGGAAAAUCAGCAGCAGUUCCUUGGGGAACACCCUGAACCUGUUACUUCCUUGCCCGUUGGAAUGGUCAAGGAGAACAGCGCGGCAGCCAAGCCUUCUGAAAGUAUCAGUCAAAAGUCCAUAGAUCUCGAUGUGGAAGUCGCCCUUAAUGCCCUCUUUGACUGCUCUCCCCAGAAAUGUAGUGGUCACUUGAGCCAAGGCCUGUCAGAUUGUUCUCCAAGCAACAACUCUUGUGGAAGCCAAAAUGCUUUACUAGAGGAGCUUCAUCCUUUGGAGAAAAUCACAGAUGCUAAUGGAUGUGUGGCUGGAGAGAUGCAUCGAAGCCACAGCUCAGCACCUGUGCUAGAAUGCGUGGAACCCAUUCCAGCUAAAAAACUUGAAGCGGCUUCUGAACAGACAGUUCAAAAUGCGGCUUCUUGUAAGAAAGAAUCUGUUGGCUCGGAUAAGCUUGACAGACUUGUUGGUGAUGACUUCGAUGAUUGGGGUGCUGAUCUGUUGGCAGAUGACUCAUUUCUAAUGCAAAUUACACAGAACCCUGAUUUGAUUAGGACUCUGGAAAAUGUCUUGCCCUGCACUUCCAAUGAAAACAGUGCAACAAAAGAAAGAACUAUUGAUUCUGGCAAACCUAAUGAGGCCCAGUAUUUUGUUAAAGCCGGUAAUAAUAAUUCAGCAUCUCACACUUUACCGAAACAAAGCAGUAGCAUAGGAAAAACAAAGACUGUUUUUCUGCCUCCUGAUUGUCAUUCAGGAACUAGUGAGACACACUCUGUUUCAAGAAGCAGCCUGAACAAAAUGUCUGGCUGUAGUUUUUUUCCAGUGAAACCGGAAUACAGGAGUGGACAGGAAGCUUUUACACAGCUUAAAUGUUUCACCAGUAUUUCUCUUUCUGACAAAAACACUGCUGCUGUCUCGGUGCAUUCGAAUCCUCAGAAAGCACAGAGUGGAAAAUGUAGAAAUGAUAUGCACAAUGUUAAACAUCAGUCAUCGACCACUCCUGCCAAUACCAAGCCUUGUGACCUACAAAAAGCAACUAGCCAAGGUCACCGAAAACAGGCAGAAAUGCCAAAGAAACACAUUUCAUCCUAUGAUGAUUGGAAUGAGCCUCGGUUCUCGGAUGACGUCUUAGAGUUGUUUUGUGAAUCUGAUAGUCUUUGGGGUACAAACUGUGAUGAUGACGACAACUUGCUGUAUCGAGUCUGUGAUGACAUAGAGAGAAAAACCCUGAGCCAAGAAGUUGGGAAUAAGAACGAAAAAGCUGGAUCAGUGACAGGAAGCCAUGGCAAUUUGGAGGUGGAGCCUUAUCUCACAGUACCCAAGCCAGGGCUUUUGAAUUUCCCACAGGUCCAAAAGAGUCAUACGCUCAGGAAAACCUUUUCAUUAGAUUUUCCUCUUGCAACCACAACACUGCUAAAGAAUGAGAAGGCUACAAAUAGUUCUGCACAGCGCAGUUGUGCACCAUUUACAAAUGGAGGCAUCAACAGUAUUCCAGGGAAAUGCCAUAGGUCUAAUUCAGUGCCUGAAAGAGGCUUUGCUUCUGGAUCUGGCUUAGCCACUAUUCCAAAUGCAUGUCUAAAUAUGAAUGAUAGCGUACAGCAGCAGAGUGGCCCAUGGAAUGCUGGUAAGGUGCAGAAUAGCAGUAUUAAGCAAGUAGCAGCUGAAAAGCCAAAAUAUGCAUUCCGAAAGACUAAUAAUUCCCAAACCCUUGUUUUGGAGCAUAAAAGUGUAAAUACAGGAAGUUUUUCUGGAACUCAUCUGGGUUUGGGGGAAAGCAAGAAUCCACCAAAUGUCCCGCUGCACACAACUGUACAAACGAACCCAAAGUCAGCCUUUAAGAGGCACCUCUCUGAUGUCUUUACACAAGCAGAAACAGAUCAGAGAAGUAGAAAGUGCUCUCAAGAAGAAAUUGCUAGGAAAAAGCAAGAAGCUCUUGAACGGAGAAAAUAUAAAAUGCAAGCGUUGCUUAAAAAUACAGCACCUACCUGAGAGUAGCUGGAAGAUUUGGAUGCUUUGUUGACAAUUGACCAGUAAAAUCAUCAAAUGACACUACA